CUGAACUCGGUCCUGCGCGUGUCCUCUUUAGUCCCCUUUUUCCCACUUCAAAACUUCGUCAGACUGCACUGCGUGGCUUCAUCCACUUUGCGCCCUGAACGAGUUCACUUCAUUCAUUAAAGUCAUCUGUCUUUAUUCCUAACCAUUCAGAUAUUUUUCUGUAGUGGUCUCGAGCAUUCGGAACCUUUCUUGCACACAACCUGCGAGUCACCCCUGACAGCCCCUACUUUAGUCUUCGAAGCCUCAUCCGUGUCCAACAAGUUGUUGGAUUAACCCAGUAAGAGAUGGCUGAAGAAGAAAAGAAGAGAUUUCUGGAUGGCAACGAGAUGGAACAUGGCGAGAAGCAGGGUCGAUUCAGCCCUCCUGCUCGAGCCUCCACACCUCGAUAUACACCAGCUUCUCAGAAUUGGCAGAACAACCCUGUCCUACCAGUCAUCAGCUACUGCGGCUCGUCCAUCUUGAUGACGGUUGCCAACAAGUACAUUCUCUCAUUCCCAGACUACAACCUCAAUUUCUUGCUUUUGGCCGUCCAGUCGAUCGUCUGCGUUGUGGCUAUUCAAUCCUGCAAAACCGCCGGAAUCAUCACUUACCGAGACUUCAAGACCGAUGAGGCAAAGAAAUGGUUUCCCAUUUCUCUUCUCCUGAUUGGCAUGAUUUACACGAGCACAAAGGCUCUGCGAUUCCUUUCGAUCCCGGUCUACACGAUUUUCAAAAACUUGACCAUUAUCUUGAUCGCAUAUGGCGAGGUUCUGUGGUUUGGAGGCUCCGUUUCGUCCAUGGCCCUGUUCUCCUUCGGAUUGAUGGUCAUGAGCUCCAUUAUUGCAGCCUGGGCGGACAUUACACACGCUUUGGCGUCAUCGCAUACCGCUUCAGGCACGCAAGAGCUGUCUACGCUCAAUAGUGGCUACGUCUGGAUGCUGCUCAACUGCCUCUCCACCGCUGCUUACGUCUUGGGCAUGCGAAAGCGCAUUAAGCUCACCAACUUCAAGGACUUCGACACCAUGUUCUACAACAACCUUCUAACCAUCCCCGUUCUGUUGGCUGGUUCCUUUAUCACCGAAGACUGGUCCGCGUUGAACCUGGCCAAGAACUUCCCACCUGUUACACGAAAUGGAAUCAUUGGCGCUAUGAUCUUCACCGGCCUGUCGUCCAUCUUCAUCUCGUAUACAUCCGCCUGGUGUGUCCGCGCCACAUCGUCCACAACCUACUCCAUGGUUGGUGCCUUGAACAAACUCCCGAUCGCCGUCUCAGGCCUCAUCUUCUUCGAUGCACCAGUCACUAUUCCUAGUGUCUCGGCUAUCUUUGUCGGCUUCGUGAGCGGUAUCGUUUAUGCCCUAGCCAAGGUCCGAGAGUCAUCGAAGCCAAAGACUGGAAUCCUGCCAACGUCCAACAUCCCGAUGAGUGCUAGUGCGCAAAGUGCUCGGGAUAGUCUCAAGGCAUGAUGGGAAAUAAGGCGAGUUACGUGGCCAUUUUCAAUUGAAGAAUUGGUGUUAUUUGUCAUACAAGAUUGCACUUGACGCAUUGCGAGGCGCAAAGAUUCAGGUCCUUGAAGCCGAGAGGAAGCUAUAACACUACGGGGCUAUAUAGCCAAACAGUUUUAGAGGGUAUCACGGAUUGCUUUUGCUGGGUCUACGAAACUUAGAUUGAUGAGCAUCCCGGUUGCUGUACUGCUACUAUAAUUCGAGAACUUCCACUUGGAAAGAGAAAUACCAAUGAAAUAACGUAUAAGAAGAUAGGUGUAGAAGUUGAGG